GCUCUUUCCAUGGUAAAAUGAGGGAACGUACCGACCUAUUUAUUUUUUUGAGCGGGGUGUUGAGAAUUGUUACCAUAAAGUCAAUCCCUAAAAAAGUCAUUUUGUUCAAAAUAAAUCCCAAACAACCUCUAAAUACGCGUAGACCUACAGAACUGCGCUCAAUUCGGCGAACACCAAAGGGAGGGAAAAUAGAAAGAGAAAUGGAGCAAGCGACUCGCUGAGUCGACACUGUCACUGCUAAUACUCCGAAGUGUCUGCGACGGUUACUCGCCGGAACAGUAAGCUUCGAAGAACGUUUUCUCUUUGCUCGAGUUCAAACAAGCUAGGUUUAUCAAAAUGUACAUAAAGCAGGUCAUCAUCGAAGGGUUUAAGAGCUACAAAGAACAAGUUGCAACUGAUGAUUUCAGUCCAAAAGUUAACUGUGUUGUUGGUGCGAAUGGAUCUGGCAAAUCAAACUUCUUUUCAGCAAUUCGUUUUGUGAUAAGCGACCUCUUUCAUAACCUACGUAAUGAAGAUAAACACGCCUUCCUCCAUGAAGGAGCAGGACACCAAGUUCUCUCAGCUUUUGUUGAGAUUGUAUUUGAUAACUCUGACAAUCGCAUCCCAGUUGAUAAAGAGGAGGUGCAUCUACGAAGAACAAUCGGGACAAAAAAGGAUGAAUAUUUUCUUGAUGGGAAGCAUAUCACGAAAACUGAAGUUAUGAAUCUUCUAGAAAGUGCAGGGUUCUCCCGUUCCAAUCCAUAUUAUGUUGUGCAACAGGGGAAGAUUGCAUCAUUGACUUUGAUGAAAGAUGCUGAACGACUUGAUCUACUGAAGGAAAUUGGUGGAACCCGAGUUUAUGAAGAGAGAAGGCGUGAAAGCUUGAAAAUCAUGCAAGAAACUGGAAACAAGAGAAACCAGAUAAUUCAAGUUGUGCAAUACUUGGAUGAGAGAUUAAGAGAGCUGGAUGAAGAGAAAGCAGAGUUGAAAAAGUAUCAACAGCUUGAUAAACAGAGGAAGUCUCUAGAAUACACCAUUUAUGAUAAAGAACUUAAUGAUGCACGAAAGGAAUUGGUUGAGGUGGAUGAGGAGAGAAAUGCUAUAUCUGAGGAGUUAGUUAGGAAGUAUAAUGCAUCUGUAGAAGAAGAGGAAGAAGUAAAGAAAUUAGACAAGUCAUUUAAAGAUUUGACCAGAGAAGUUCAGGGUUUGACUAGAGAGAAACAGACAAUAGAGAAACAACGAACAAUAGCUGUUAAAAAGCACACUGAGGUUGAGCUUGAUGUGAAAGACCUUGAAGAGAAAAUCAUUGGGAGUAGUAAAGCAAAGGAUGAAGCUGGAAAGCAGCUCGAGGUUCUUCAGAGAGAAAUCAAGGAAUCCACAUCAGAGUUAAACAAAACCAAACCUUUAUAUGACAAACAAGUUAAAGCAGAAGAGGACAUCACCAAAGAAAUUAUGAAAAAAGAAAAGCAGCUGAGUGUACUCUAUCAGAAACAAGGUCGUGCAACACAAUUUCGUUCUAAAGCUGCACGUGAUGAGUGGCUACAAAAAGAUAUUGAUAAGUAUAACAAGGUUUUGUCCUCAAAUGAGAAGCAGGAGAAUCUACUGAAUGAUGAAAUCAGUAAACUUGAGAGAGAUAUGGAAGCACAAGAAGACCAUGUCCAAAAUCGUCAAAAGGAGAUAAAUGCUUUAGAAGCUCGAAUAUCUAGUUAUCGCAAAGGUUUCAAUAAACAUAAGUCAAAAAGAGAUGAGCUUCAUGAUAAACGAAAGGCUUUAUGGGGGACAGAAAAUGAAAUUACAGCUGAAAUCGAACGUCUUAAAUCAGAAGUUGUGAAAGCAGAAAAAGCCUUGGAUCAUGCUACUCCUGGGGAUAUAAGGAGGGGAAUCAGUACAGUUAGAAGAAUCUGCAGAGAGUACAGCAUUACAGGAGUGUUUGGUUCACUUAUCGAGUUGCUUGAAUGUGAUGAAAAUUUAUUCACAGCUGUUGAAGUUACUGCUGGAAACAGCUUAUUCCAUGUGGUGGUUGAAAAUGAUGACAUUUCAACACAAGUAAUUCGACACCUUAAUGCAGAGAAAGGUGGUAGAGUUACAUUUAUACCCCUUAAUCGUGUCAAAGCUCCUCAUGUCACUUACCCAAAAACUUCUGAUGUGAUUCCUCUUCUCAAGAAAUUAAAAUAUUCUCCCAAUUAUGAGCAGGCAUUCUCUCAGGUGUUUGCUAGAACAGUGAUUUGUAGAGAUUUGGAUGUUGCUACUCGUGUUGCACGUACUGAUGGUUUGGACUGCAUUACUGUUGAAGGUGAUCAAGUUAGCAAAAAGGGUGGUAUGACAGGUGGAUUUUAUGAUAAAAGGCGUUCAAAGCUUAAGUUUAUGAACCUCAUUCGACAAAAUGCCUUGUCAAUUACUGAAAAGGAAAAUGAACUCCAAAAUUGUGAUGACUUGACUCUCUCCUUACUUAUAGACAAGGAAAUCAAUGCAUUAGUUGCUGAGCAGCAGAAAGAUGAUGCUGAGCUGGCACAUGAGAAAUCAGAAGUGGAACAGCUUAAACAAGAAGUUGCUAAUGCUAAGAAGCACAGCCUUAACAUCUCUAAAGCUCUUGAAAAGAAGAGGAAGUUGCUUGCAAAUGUGGAGACUCAAAUCGAGCAAGUGAAAAAUAAUAUUGAAAUGAAAAGAGAUGAAAUGAGAACAGAACUUGUUGAUCAUUUAAGCCCAGAGGAAAAGACUCUGCUCUCACGUUUGAAUCCUGAAAUAGCAGAACUUAAAGAAAGGCUUGUAGCCAGUAGAGCUACCCGAGUAGAGAUUGAAACAAGAAAAGCAGAGCUUGAGACGAAUCUAUCAACAAAUCUUGUUAGAAGGAGACAAGAACUGGAGGCAGUUCAACAGUCUCAAGAAGCUGAUAAUUUAAAUGGUGAAGUUGAUGCAAAGAAGCAGGAGCUUCUAGAGGCAAAAAUGGCUGUUGAAGAAGUGAAAAAACAGCUCAAAAGAGUUUCUGAAAGCAUAGAUGAUCGCAACAAGGAACUCAAGAAAAUCAACAAGAAGAAGGCUGAUUCAAAGGGUCGUUUGGAGGAGUAUGAAAAGACACGCCAAAAUGAAGAUAAAAGAGCAGAACAACUUAUUAGUAGAAAAAACAUUUUGCUUGCAAAACAAGAAGAGUUCAACAAGAAAAUCAGAGAACUGGGUCCUUUAUCAUCAGAUGCCUUUGAAAUGCACAAGAAGAAGAGCAUAAAGGAACUAUAUAAAAUGCUGCACAAGUGCAAUGAGCAGUUAAAGCAGUUUAGUCAUGUAAACAAGAAAGCACUCGAUCAAUAUGCAAACUUUACAGAUCAAAGAGAAGAACUUCAGAAACGACAACAAGAGCUUGAUGCUGGUGAUGAGAAAAUCAAAGAACUUAUAUCAGUGCUGGACCAACGUAAGGACGAAUCUAUAGAGCGGACAUUUAAAGGUGUGGCUAAACAUUUUCGAGAAGUAUUUUCUGAACUUGUCCAAGGUGGUCAUGGGAUUUUGAUCAUGAUGAAGAAGAAGGACGGUGAUCCUGUUGAUAAUGACUAUGAUGAGGAUGGGCCUCUACCUGAUAGAGAGGGACGCGUUGAAAAAUACAUUGGAGUGAAAGUGAAGGUUUCUUUCACUGGACAAGGUGACACACAGUCCAUGAAGCAGUUAUCUGGAGGCCAAAAAACCGUGGUAGCGUUAGCUCUCAUAUUUGCCAUACAACGAUGCGAUCCUGCUCCUUUUUACCUCUUUGAUGAAAUCGAUGCUGCACUUGACCCUCAAUACCGAACAGCAGUCGGAAAUAUGGUUCGGCGUUUGGCUGAUAUGGCAAACACACAGUUCAUUACAACAACGUUUAGGUCCGAACUGAGGCCUUGGAUUUCAUCGAGCAUGAUCAAUCCCAUAAUGCUGAAUGAGCUAGCUGUAAAUGUAACUAAUGGAAGAAAGGGUGUAGGAGGAUUUGGUUUGGUAUUAUGUAUAAAGCCAGUAUUGCAUUGUUAACAACCCUUAUUUGAUCUUUUUAGUAUUGUUGUGAUGGUAGAAUUGAUUAAACUUUGGUCCAUGUUUGUGUUUAAUUGGAACUAAAUUUGUAGAAACUAAGCACGAUAGACAUCAUACUUUAAUCUCUUCCUCUACUAUUGUUAUGGCAUUGCUACAUCAUCGCCAUAUGGCCGACUUGGCGCCACCCUAGAACCAGAGAUGCAUGUGGCCU